UGCCGCGGCCUCGAGCUGGGAGCCCGCGGGGGACCAGAUGAGGCACAUCUGGACAGCUGCGCCCAGGGACUGUGCGGCCCUUCGCGGCCCGACGUCAGCUGGGCACGUCCCCCACGUCCUCUCCUUCCAGCCUCUCUUAUUUAUUUGUUUUCCCGAAGAAGCAACCAAGGAUCCAAGCCUAAAACUUUGUUCCCCCUAAAGCGAGACGGGGCCAGAUCCUAUCCAACACACAGUGUAAUUUUCAUGGGGCUUUGAGAUCAAAAGACCAGAAACAGCAACAACAAAAGCCCAGUCGCUGUCUGAUUUAAAACUGGCAAAGUGGGAAAAAUAAAGUGUUGAGUAGACAGACCGAGUUGGACAUGGGGAGUUUCAGAGGUCAUGCCCUCCCUGGAAGCUUCAUCUUUUUCACGGGUGCUUGGUGGACUGCAAAGUGCAUUCUCAAGUAUGCCUGCAAAAAGCACAAGCGGACUUCCUACCUUGGUUGCAAAGCGUUAUUCCAGCGAAUAGAAAUUUUGGAGGGAAUCGUACUGAUCUGCAUGGCUUUAACUGGCAUGACUGGGGAACAGUUCGUUCCUGCAGGACCCCACCUGGUCCUAUAUGACCAUAAAGAGGGCCAGUGGGUCCGACUCCUGAGCUGGCAUCAUUUCACCAUGUAUUUCUUCUUUGGCCUGCUGGGUGUGAUGAACAUCUUAUGUUUCACCAUCAGUUCACUUCCUACGUCCUUAACCAAGUUAAUGUUGUCAAAUGCGUUUUUUGUGGAGGCCUUUAUCUUCUACAACCACACGCAUGGCCGGGAAAUGCUGGACAUCUUCUUGCACCAGCUGCUGGUCUUGGUCACUUUUUUGGCAGGCCUGGUUGCCUUCGUGGAGCUCUUCACACGGACCAAUGUAAUUGUGGAGCUUCUGCGGACAAGCCUUGUCCUGCUUCAGGGGAGCUGGUUAUGGCAGAUUGGUUUUGUCCUUUAUCCCCCCAGUGGUGGUCCUGCAUGGGAUCCAAACGAUCAUGACAACAUUAUGUUCCUCACCAUAUGCUUUUGUUGGCAUUAUGCAUUAACGUUUAUUGUCAUUGGAGUGAUUUAUGCUUUUGUCACCUGGCUGACAUCUGGGCCUCAUCUCCUAUGGGGCUGGGCAACCUCCAAGAACAAUGCCAGCAUUCAAGAGACCUCUCCACUUCAUAUCCGCUCCCUCCCAGAGCCCAAAGAAGACUACUGUCUCUUUCUGUUUCAGAAAUCUUCAGACCCCUAAUGAAUCUCUUAUCAACUUACAGUUCUCUAGAAACCAGAAACUCCAUACUUAUGCCCUCCUGCCCAUGACACCUUUAACUUUUGACCAUGUAGUUCUCUCUACCUGGCAUAUCCAAAUUAAAGGCCCAUCUCUUCUACAAACA